AUGGCCUCCUCGCCCGACGUCCUCCAUCUCAUCUUCGAGUACCUCGACGACCACCGCGACUGGGUCCGCGCCGGCUGCGUCUGCCAGCGCUGGCGCCAGGUCGCUACCAGCAACCGCCUCUGGCUGCCACUGCUGCACCGGUACUGCAUAUCGCCGAGCGCUAGCGACGUCGCCGGUGCCAACCAACGGGCGUUCGCCGUGGUCGCCGCCCAGUACCCUGGGCACCUCGACAUCUACGCAGCGAUUGCGCCGGCUGUGAGCGUGCUUCGCACCAUCAACCCGUCGGUGGCAGCCGAUACGGCGCACAAUGCGCCGUUUGCCCAGCUCCUCGCGCCGUCGGGCGGCCGGCGCGACCUCUGGCGGCCAGAAGCGACCUCGUGCACACGUGCCGAGAAGCUUCUCUUGAUGCUCUACCACUUGUUCACAAACACGUCGUUCAUGGACAUGCAGCUGUGCUGCGCCGCGCUCUUUGGCUUUUUCGUCUGCUACAACGACGUGUACGCGCUGCAUCUCAAGCGUCGAUGGACCGUCGACGUGCUCUCGCUGUCGACGCAGCCAUUCGAGACGAUCCUUGGCUUUGCUUGGGCGCCCGGCAUUGAAGAAGGGCUGGGCUUGGUGCUCGAUGGGACCCUCGCUGGCCAUGUGAUCCGCUACGGCAAGGCGCUCGGGCAGGCCCACCGCAUGGGUCCGAUUCCGAUGGGUGCGGUCCCGUACGAGGACCUCGGUCCAUUCGAGACGUGGCUCGGCACGUUUGUGUCCGAGGUCCAGAGUGGCGUGCGCGCCAUUGUGCGCGCGAACGAGACGAUCUCGGCGCCGUCCGGCUUUCGCGAGGCAGGUCCUGGCGUCGGCGACGUCACCACCCACGGCAUCAACGUGCACGUCUCGACGCUAUUCCUCCUCAACAUGGCGCGGGUGACCUACCGCGUCACGUUUACGUUCCGCGAUUGCAAGUACACGUCAAUGCAGCUCACGCGGCGCCAUUGGACCUUUCGCUACACGGACGGUCAAGCGAGUGAGGUCGACGGCGACGGUGUCGUUGGCUACUACCCACUCCUGAGCGCAGCGACGCCCGACCUCGCGAGUGCGGUUGCGUCGCUCGAAGGCUACUUUGAGUUUGUACCGGGGUCCAUCGCCGCGCCCCUCGGCCCGGCACUGCGCAUCGCGAUCCCGUUCGUUGCGUUUCAGCUGCCGCAAACGGCCCUCCGCAAUUUCAACGACGCCGCCGACGACGACGACGACGACGAGGACAAUGAGAGUAGCGGCAACGAGACGCCGUAG